UCCGUAAUGGCUUUGUUCAGGCGCGAGGACAAGUUGCACAAUUUUUGAAGUUUUCAGUGCUGCUGACAUUACAAUAGAAAGGUGCAAACAGAAAUUCCGAUCCUGUCCUUGAACUUGGUGAAAGCCUGGUUAUGACAGAACCAAAGGGAUAAAAAACUACCCGGUUGUGAAAGGGAUACGAAAAUACUGGGUCACGAAUCUACCAUGAUACAAAAAGACCCAUCAUCAGUUUCAUCAUACCGAGUCGACAUGGUGAUUUAGUAUAUCCACCAAGGGCUACGUCAUGUCGUCAAGAGGGCGCACCCGAGGUCGGCCUAGAAGGGGAGGUAACUCUUCAGAGUCUACGUCAGGAAGUGCCAUGAGAAAACUGACACAUGAGGGAGACGGUUUUGAAGCCUGGGGCGGCUACAUGCAGGCCAAGAUGCAAAAGCUUAAUGACCAGUUCAACAUGGCAGGGGGAACAUCUGGCUCGGACAUCUUUACUGGAAUUCAUGUCUAUGUCAAUGGUUAUACAAAGCCAUCCUCCGAUGAGCUGCGCCGUCUGCUGACCAGCCAUGGAGGGACGUUCGAGCAGUACCUGUACCGGACGCGGGUCACUCACAUCGUGGCCACCAACCUCCCAGACAGCAAGGUCAAGGAGCUGAAGGGGAUGAAGGUCGUACGGCCUGAGUGGAUCACUGAGAGCGUGACAGCUGGCAAACUGCUUCCGUACACCAACUACCAGCUGUACACGGCACAGAGCAGAUCACAACACGGCCUCACGUCCUUCACCAAGACCUCCAUUCUCAGCCGAUCAUCAAGUGUAUCCUCCACAGCCUCAGCAGCAUCUAUUGGCUGCACCAAGUUCAGUAACCAUGGCAAUAUGUUAAAUAAGCAUGACCUUGACCCAAUGUCGGAUGAAGACAGUUCAGACGAAGAUUUGGCCAACCUUCGAACGAAGGACAUAGAAAAUAUGCAUGACACCAGCAACGAGAAUAGUCUGGACAAUAUUGAUGAAGAAAUAUCCGGGAACAAGACGCACACUUCAGCAGGAAAAUUAACAGGGUCUUAUCAUGACAAAUUCACACACACGAAAAUGGCCCGUGCAGGAGAAUCUAAUUUUCUGUCGGAAUUUUAUACUCAUUCACGAUUGCAUCAUAUAUCCACGUGGGGAGCUGAGUACCGCGCCUAUGUGAACGAGCUGCAGAAACAGAGUGAUGGGUCGUUUCCAGGGCGACAGAGGUUGCAGCAGUUUCACCAGGACAGUGUGUCCAGAACAGGGGGUGGUGACUUCACAUCCGGCUCCUGCAGUGGGAAGCCACAGAAGAUCAUCAUGCACGUGGACAUGGACUGCUUCUUUGUGUCGGUCGGGCUCCUUGACAAGCCUGAACUCAGAGGUCUCCCAGUUGCCGUGACCCACUCCCGGGGGAAGGGGACAGCCAAGGAAACCCCAGGGUCAGACUUUGGCUUCGAGAAGAAGCAGUGGGAGCUGAAACGUCAACAAGGAGGGAAGAAAGGUCGAAGGUCCAAUCAUAUCAGCAAUGCAGGUGAAUUUGCCGACUCGAGGUUGGACGAGGAAGAAGAAGAAGAAGAAGGGGACGACAAUGAUGGGAAGAUGAGGGAAAUUGACUUUCUCGUACCAAAGGGAUCGACGGGGAAAGAGACGUUUCAUUCUCUUGCUGAAAUUGCUUCCUGUAGUUAUGAAGCGAGAAGGGCUGGUGUGAAGAACGGGAUGUUUAUGGGGCCAGCCAAACAGUUGUGUCCCGAUCUUGUGACAAUCCCCUACAACUUCGACAAAUACCAGGAGGUGUCUCGAGCUCUGUAUGACACAGUAGCUAGUUUCACACACGACAUUGAAGCUGUGAGCUGUGACGAGAUGUUGGUGGACUGUACCGACCUCCUGGCCGUCACGGGCGGCACACCGGAGGAGUUUGCAACAUUGCUGCGGAAGGAGAUCUAUGACAGGACAGGGUGUACUGCGUCGGCAGGCUUUAGCAGGAAUAUUCUGCUGGCUCGUCUUGCCACGAGGUCAGCCAAACCAAAUGGUCAGUUUUAUUUGACCACAGAUGCUGUUCCAGAAUUCAUCACUAAACAAUCCAUCCGAGACCUACCAGGUGUUGGGUACUCCAUGACCAAGAAGCUCAACACCAUGAGUGUGACCACGUGUGGGGAUCUCCAGAAGCUGACGCUGGUGCUCCUUCAGAAGGAGUUCGGCCCCAAGACGGGACAGUCCCUGUACAAAAACUGUCGUGGACAGGACGACCGCCAGGUCAAGAUGGAGAAGGAAAGGAAAUCGGUGUCUGCGGAGAUCAACUAUGGAAUCAGAUUUCAGAGGGGGUCUGAGGUGGAGAAGUUCCUGUGUGACCUGUCGGAGGAGGUGGCGACACGCCUCAAGAACAUCAACAUGAGGGGCAAGACGAUCACGCUGAAGCUGAUGAUAAGGCGAGGGGAUGCUCCCAAGGAAACGGCCAAGUUCAUGGGUCAUGGAAUAUGUACCAAUGUAUCCAAGUCCUCCAGCCUCCCGAUGGCGACGGAUGACGGGAAGGUUAUCGCCAAAGAAUGCAUCGCAAUGAUGCGAGCCCUGAAAGCUCCCCCUGCCGACCUGAGAGGGAUCGGAAUACAGACUCACAGGCUAGAGAAUACCACGUUGGGAGGGUGCUUAAUAGGGUCAGGCAAUCAGAGCAUCCUCAGCUUCGCAGUCCCCAGAAACAGAUCCAUAACUCCAAGUGCAGCCUCUCCGAGCAGGGUUGUUGUCCCUCCCAAACAAGAUGACCAUAGUUCGGGGUUGAAGCAGGCAACGGAGUCUAUCAAUUUGUCAGAUGAAGAUAUGACUACAUACGUAUCCGAUGAUGCGGAGGAGAUGGACGAUGAUGGUGUUGGAGAUGAAGGCAAUGCUAUUGUCUUUUGUUCUGGCAGUCUGCCAAUACUGGAAGAACUUAGUCGUAGAAAGACGGCGAAGAGGACGCCACCGCCUCUCCCCUAUCUGCCAGACUUCGGAUCGCCCGGGACACCUGUCAGGAAGCAGACGGUGGAAUCUCACAACGAGGCUCACGACUACUUCCCUUCUCCCUCACAGAUUGACCCUGAAGUGUUGAAGGAGCUGCCCCCAGAUAUACGGGCACAGAUUGAGAAGGACAUGGGCACGAAGAGGGCACAGGCCAAGGUCAGCAGUGUCCCAGCCAAUCAGGGGGCAGAUGAAGUUCCAGGCUGUUCUCAUUGGCCAUCUCAGGAAGCAGCAGUGACCAAUGAGGAUGAGGCACCCUACUCGCCAGAGGCAGGUCCUUCCACUGUUGAAACAGAAGGUGGAAGCAGCGUGGAAGCCCUACCCUCCUUCUCUCAGUUGGACAUGAGUUGUCUUAACGCUCUCCCUGAAGACCUGCAGAAGGAAAUCCGUGACGAGUACCUUCGUCAGGGCCAACAUUCUGCAGAGCCAGCCGAGGACGACCAACCCCCUCUCAUGCAGCUUCAGCAGGCCAAGUCCCCGGCCAAGGGGAGAGAGUCACCUCGAAAGUCGCCCAGUAAAUCACCGGGGCGAAGCAGGAAAACCAGUCCUGUCUUCAAAGUUCCCAAAGGACGCGCAGUAGGUCGUAAGACGAAGAAACUGAGUCCGAAGAAGCUAGAAUUCAGAAUACAGCCGAAGAUCACAACAAACUAUGCAGUGAGGAACUUAGCAAAGAGCCUACCAGAGUCACCACAGGCCAUGCCCACGCCCACGCCCACGCCUGCCCCUCCCCCGACGGAACCUGAUCCUGCGGUACAGGAGGAGCAGGUGAACCUUUGUGGAGCUGUUAGCAUGGAAGAGGUCAAGCACCUGCUGGUGGAGUGGCUUGAGGCGUGUCCAGAGCCCCAGGAGGAAGACAUCAGUGUGAUGCUGGAGUACCUGGGUCAGCUUGUCCUGGACCAUAACCUGGAACGGGUCGACCUGGUCCUCAAGUUCCUUAACAGGAAAAUCAGGAAGCUUGCCAACAAACAUUGGCGUGAAUCAUUCAAGAGCAUUCUCACAAGCACACAGGAAGUGAUCAAAUCCGUCCAUGGAUGUCUGCUCAAUGUUGAUUGGCUGCUUGCCAGAUGAUACUAUACUAAUAAUAAUCUAUUUGUAUAGCGCCUAGUUCCAGCCAGGCUUCUCACAGGCCCUUUACAUUAUUACCCGGGUCAAAGGAUCAGUCUGCAAUCCGAUUACAUUCUCAGCUCCCUUGGGAGUAUAUGACCCAAGCUGCCUGUGUGACACUUGAAAGUUACCAUUUACAGCUGGGUAGACAGGCAUAUUUUCAAACAAAGUCACUUGUCUGAGGAGGCACCAUAUGUGCUACAUGUGCUUCGGUGGGGGGAGGGGGGGGGGC